AUGCCUUCUGCACAGAAGCCGAUGCGAUACGGCCACACCGAGGGCCACACUGAUGUCUGCUUUGAUGACUCUGGGAGCUGCAUUGUAACCUGUGGCAGUGAUGGAGACGUUAGAAUUUGGGAGAACCUGGACGAUGAUGAUCCGAAGUCCAUUACUGUGGGAGAAAAGGCCUAUUCCUGUGCUCUGAAGAACGGAAGACUGAUCACAGCAGUGUCAAACAAUACAGUGCAGAUACAUACAUUUCCUGAAGGAGCUCCAGAUGGCAUCCUGACUCGUUUCACCAUGAAUGCAAACCACGUCAUCUUUAACAGGGAUGGGACCAAAGUUGCUGCUGGAUCUAGUGACUUUAUGAUCAAAGUUGUGGAGGUGGCUGAUAGCAGCAAGCAGAAAACGUUCCGAGGACACGAUGCUCCUGUUUUAAGCCUGUCUUUUGACCCCAGGGAUGUAUACCUGGCUUCGGCGAGCUGUGAUGGUUCUGUCAGAGUAUGGAAAAUGGCAGAUCAGACAUGCACGACAACCUGGCCACUGCUGCAGAACUGCAAUGAUGUGAUAAAUGCCAAAUCAAUAUGCAGGCUUGGCUGGCAGCCUGGCAGUGGCAAGUUUCUGGCAGUUCCUGUAGAUAAAGUUGUUAAACUAUACAGAAGAGAAACCUGGGAUAGUCAAUGCAGUCUAUCAGACACAUUCAUCACACAGCCCUUGAAUGUUGUGGCCUGGUCUCCUUCUGGGGAGUAUCUGGCAGCUGGAAGUGUGGAUGGGAGUAUAGUGGUGUGGAAUGUGGAAAAGCAGGAGUGCAUAGAGAGGAUGAAGCAUGAGAAAAGUUACUCAGUUUGUGGACUGGCCUGGCACCCCAAAUAUAGCCAAAUUGCUUAUACAGAUACUGAGGGGAAUCUGGGGCUGUUGGAAAAUAUUGGUGAUGGAAAGAAAGCAAAUGACAAGGUUACCAGUACAGUGACAAAGGACUACAAUGAUCUCUUUGAUGGAGAAGAUGAUGACUAUUUAAAUGGGGAUACGAUUGAACCACAGUCUUCCCCAACAGCUGGAGCUGAUGAAGAUGUUGAUGACCUCAUGCCAACCUCAGGCCCUCUGAGACGGGCAAUAAUUGAUGAUGAUGAUAACUCACUGGAUAUUGGGUUGAUAAAAGCUAAUUCCAAUCUUCUUGAAAAGGAUGAUGAAGAUGAUGAUCAGUCUGGUGGCUUUCCAGCUUUGCCAACAUCUACACAAAAGCAUUUCUAUGAUGGGCCAAUGCCAACCCCCAGGCAGAAGCCCUUCCAGUCUGGCUCCACUCCUGCACAUCUCAUGCAUCGUUUCAUGGUCUGGAAUUCUGUUGGCAUCAUUCGCUGCUACAACGAUGAGCAAGACAACGCCAUAGAUGUAGAAUUUCAUGAUACCUCUGUCCAUCAUGCCACACAUCUGCCCAACUCCCUGAACCACACGAUGGCUGACCUCUCCACUGAAGCCAUUCUGCUAGCCUGUGAGAGUUCAGAGGAACUUGCAAGCAAGCUCCACUGCAUUCAUUUUAGCUCAUGGGAUGCAAACAAGGAGUGGACAGUAGAUAUGCCAAAGGAUGAAGACAUUGAAGCUAUCUGUCUGGGGCAGGGCUGGGCUGCUUGUUCCACUACUGCCUUGCUAGUUCGUGUGUUUACAGUUGGAGGAGUUCAGAAGGAGAUCUUCAGUCUCCCAGGUCCAGUGGUGUCCAUGGCAGGGCACGGAGAUCAGUUGAUGGUGGUUUAUCACAGAGGUACUGGGUUUGAUGGUGACCAGUGCCUCGGAGUACAGCUGAUGGAGCUAGGAAAAAGGAAAAAACAAAUUUUGCAUGGAGAGCCUCUUUCUCUUACAAGAAAAUCAUAUUUGAUAUGGAUUGGAUUCUCUGCAGAGGGUACCCCUUGUUACGUGGAUUCUGAGGGAAUUGUGCGGAUGUUGAACCGAGGACUAGGGAAUACUUGGAUCCCAGUGUGUAACACCAGAGAGCAUUGCAAAGGAAAAUCUGAUCAUUAUUGGGUAGUUGGCAUCCAUGAAAAUCCCCAGCAGCUCAGGUGCAUUCCCUGUAAAGGAGCCCGAUUCCCUCCUACCCUACCACGGCCUGCUGUAGCAAUAUUGCCAUUUAAACUUCCUUACUGUCAAGUCACCACAGAAAAGGGGCAGAUGGAGGAGCAGUACUGGCGUUCUGUUGUAUUUCACAACCAUGCAGAUUACUUAUCAAAAAAUGGCUAUGAAGUUGAUGAAAAUGCCAAAAGUCAGGUGGUGAAAGAACAGCAGGAACUUCUAAUGAAGCUGUUUGCUCUUUCCUGUAGACUGGAGCGUGAGUCCCGCUGCCUGGAACUCGCUGAGCUCAUGACCCAGCACGUGGUGAAUCUGGCUGUCAAGUACGCCUCCCGCUCCCGCAGGCUGAACCUGGCUCAGAGACUCAGUGAGAUGGCUGUAGAAAAAGCAACUGAGUUGGCAACAGCACUGGAAGAUGAAGAGGAGGAAGAGGAUUUCCGAAAGCACUUGACUGCUGGUUACAGCAACUCUGCCACGGAAUGGAGUCGGCUGCCAGUCAGAAAUGUUCAGCAGGACCAGGACGUGGGAGAUACUGAGGAAACUGAUGGCUAUGAGGAAGCAGAAGAAACACCAGAAGUGCAUAAACAGAGACCAAAUCCUUUCUCCAAAGGUCUCACUUCAGCAGAAGUCACUACUCCAAAGUCUGCUGUAAUUACACCAAGCAGCCAAGGACGAGUGAAUCCCUUUAAGGUGUCAUCUAACAAAAAGGAUUCAGUGGUCCCCUCAGCAAAUGUUCUAGACACGAUGAGCAGAUACUCAAAGAAAACUUCUUUGUCUGGCAGUCGAGCUGUAAACAAGCAGAACUCCCCACUUAUAAAGCCUCUGAUUCCCAAACCCAAGUCCAAGCAGACUUCAGCAGCCUCAUUCUUCCAGCCUCGUACACCUAACACCACUGAAAAAGCAGUGGAAGAAAGAGAAGAAAAAGCUGGAAACGAGUCCCAGGAAGUCAAAGACACAGCUCAGGAGAACACUGAAAACAGAAGACCAAAGACAGGAUUCCAGAUGUGGCUAGAAGAGAACAGAGCAAACAUUUUGGCAGAUAAUCCUGAUCUGAAUGAAGCAGAAGUAAUAAAAGAAAGCAUGAGUCGGUUCAGAAUGCUGACGGCAGAGGAAAGAAUCGUGUGGACUGAGAAAGCAAAGGGAGGAACAGUUCAUGAUGUAGCAGAAGAUAAAAAGCGAAAGCGUCCCACAGAUGAUGAAGAUGAAGCAAAAAAGAACCCGGAGCAAAAAUCAGAGGACUCCAAUUUGUCCAAAAAAACAAAGCCUUUAGAUCAACCUACAAAUGUCAGGCUGUCAGCUUUUGCAUUCAAGCAAAGCUAA